AUGGCAAAGUCUAAAAUAUCAGAACUAGAUUUUGACGAGUGUUACGUUAGACCGUGUCACAAUGGAGGAACUUGUGAUAAUCUUCAAGAUGCCUUCUCUUGCACGUGUAUGCAGGGAUGGACUGGAUCUAUAUGUGAUGAAGACAUAGAUGAAUGUGUUGUUGUCCGUAACUGCAGUCAAGGAUGCUCUAACACUGAAGGCAGCUACAUCUGUUCGUGCAAUGAUGGAUACAGUCUUGAUAUCGACAUGAGGACAUGUAAAGAUUUUAACGAGUGUUACGUAAGACCGUGUCACAAUGAAGGGAUUUGUCAUAAUCUUCAAGCUGCCUUCUCUUGCACGUGUAUGAAGGGAUGGACUGGACCUACAUGUGAAGAAGAUGUGGAUGAAUGUGCCUUGCGUCAUAACUGUAGUCAGAGAUGCAUCAAUGAAGAUAUGGGUAUGGGAUAUAGCUGUGUCUGUUAUGAAGGCUAUCAACUUCAGCCAGAUGGAACAUCGUGUCAAGACAUAGAUGAAUGUGUUGUUGUCCGUGACUGCAGUCAAGGAUGCUCUAACACUGAAGGCAGCUACAUCUGUUCGUGCAAUGAUGGAUACAGUCUUGAUAUCGACAUGAGGACAUGUAAUGAUGUGAAUGAAUGUGAUUCAAAUCCAUGUGAUCACGAUGGGAUUUGCCACAAUCUUCGGAAUGCAUUUAAUUGUACCUGUGUGAACGGCUGGACAGGAACAAUGUGCGAGGAAGAUUUUAACGAGUGUUACGUAAGACCGUGUCACCAUGAAGGGAUUUGUCAUAAUCUUCAAGAUGCCUUCUCUUGCACGUGUAUGAAGGGAUGGACUGGAUCUACAUGUGAUGAAGAUAUAGAUGAAUGUGUUGUCGUCCGUGACUGCAGUCAAGAAUGCUCUAACACUGAAAGCAGCUACAUCUGUUCGUGCAAUGAUGGAUACAGUCUUGAUAUCGAUAUGAGGACAUGUAAUGAAAUUGAUGAAUGUUUGUCAAAUCCAUGUUUUCAUGGAGCAUGCACUGACCUGCUCAACUCUUAUUCCUGUACUUGCUCACCUGGUUGGCUUGGCUUCCAAUGUAACAAUGAUAUUGACGAAUGUAGUUCAGCAGACAUGAAUGCAUGUAGUCAGAAUUGUACCAAUACUGCCGGUUCAUACGACUGUUCCUGUAUGGCAGGAUAUGAGCUUCAUCAUGAUGGCACAACGUGUAACGAUAUCAACGAAUGCCUGCUUACUCAUGACUGUACUCACAUCUGUAACAACACCGUCGGUGCUUAUUUAUGUUCUUGUCGCCCGGGCUAUUCUUUGCAUGUUGAUGGAUUUACAUGUAUAGAUGUAGAUGAAUGUGCAUCUUCACCAUGUUAUGAAAAUGGAACCUGGAGUUGUUAUAACCUGAAGAACGCGUAUGAUUGCCACUGUAAUUCAGGAUGGCGCGGCAUGAAUUGUGAACUUGAUAUAGAUGAGUGCCAAGAAGGAUCUCCAUGCAACCAAUCUUGCACCAACUCACCGGGUAGCUUUGUGUGUUCCUGUAACGCAGGAUACUAUCUUGAUAUUGAUGGAGCUUCGUGUCAUGAUGUUGAUGAAUGUUCUUCAAACCCAUGCCUAAACGGUGCAGAGUGUAACAACCUUCUGAACGCCUUCUUUUGUGAUUGCCGUCCAGGGUGGAAAGGCUACACCUGUGAAAUAGGUAUUUCAUUUUGUUGGAAUUCCUUUUGUCAAUUAGAUAUUGAUGAAUGUAGUUCCGGACCGUGUUUGAAUGACGGAACAUGCAUUGAUCAUCUAAACUCGUUCACCUGUAAUUGCACUGAGGGAUGGUUCGGCAUCUCUUGUCAGAGUGGCUACUGUGCGUCGAAACCUUGUCUCAAUGGAGGUACCUGCAUACCAGCUGAACGACGGUGUGCGUGUACAUCACUCUACGCGGGAACAACAUGCAACAUUGACCAAACACAAGAUGGUGUGCCAUCCGUUACCAUUCACCCAAGAAAUAAAACUGUAGGUAUAUCAGAGAUGGUAAUAUUGAACUGUGAAUUCCAAGAUGUUCAGCACUUUGACUGGUGGAGAGACGGGAAAAAGGUGCCUGACACCCGUGAUAUAUCUAACUAUAUCAUCGGCGAGAUGAACCCCCCUGAUCAGGCGUACUAUAGCUGUGUCGGUAUCCCAGAGAAUGGACCUCAUAUUGAAAGCAACCAAGCACUGCUUAGAAUCAGAGAUAUGUCUAUUUUUCAUCUGAAGUUCAAGCUUGUGAGAAAUUUCACGACAUUUCACGCUGAUCAAGAAUCUUCAGAUUACAAGACUCUUGUGCGUGCUAUUACCGAUAAGUUCGAAACGGUGUUUGAGGCGCUUGAUACCGAAAGAGACACCAAUGGCACUAUUUACAUUCACGUGAAUCAACUUCUACCAGAUGACGGUGUGUUGGUUGAUAUGAGAGCCUACAUAGCCAACAGUAGCAUGAGUACACAAGAAGAAAUGGACCUGCUGCGGAGCGGAUUAUUCUCUGUGGCGGAAAUUUCUGAAGGUUUCUUUGACCCUUCCAUCCUUCUGGUACUAAGUACAGCUCUAUGUCCAAAUACCUCUUGGCCAUCUCCGUAUGGUAUUGUCCAGUUUUCGUCAGGAGACCUUCAUUCGUGGAGUAAAUCGACUAGAGAAUGUCCAUGGUUCACCGUCAAUGAUGGAGAGCCAAUAGCACGAGCCGUCUGCUACGGUGAUUAUAUCUCUCCUUGUGCAUGGGUACCUUCAGAUAACUGCGGUGGCAAUAAAACAGCUGAUCAACUCUUAAUCUACUUACGAGAGAAUCUGACGACUGGUGAAAGCGACAUCCAGGACGUUCUGUCAGUGUUGACUGUGAUCUCCCAGGACACGAAUAUUACUUCUGCUGGGGUCGGUGCUGCAUUUGACAUCAUUCACCAGACAGGGUCAAUUUCUCAACCAACGCAAGAGAAUGUUGCCUCAGUCGUUGACAUCGUAAGCAACCUUGCCGCGUUAGACCAAGAUCUCACCAUGGAUGCUCAGAUGAUGAAUGGUGCUGUCAGCAGAGCUACCGAGGCCUUAGAAAACAUCCUUCUAGCCGUCAAUGUGCCUUCCAAUGAGUCCUUCCAACAAGUGGCAGCAAACCUAGUAGUACAGGUAAUCAACUCUGAGUCUGAUGGUGCCGGCGAUGGGAUUGCCUUCACCAUCAUCGGCAAUGACAGCCAAUCCUUUGAUGAAAGUGACAUCCAGGUAUCCACCAACAAUCUCGGCAAGAGUAACCUAGGUGGUGCUGUCCAAGCAGCCAUCGUCAUUGGAUCAGAGACCAUUGAUGAAGGCACCAUGGGGAAUAUAGCAUUUACUGUGUACCGAGACGAUGCAUUGUUUGUAAUGGAUGGUGGCCAAGACAGUCUAGUGGAAAGCCAUGAUGGGCUUCGUAAUAUCACGGUCAAUACUAAUAUCAUCGGAGCGAGCCUCGGUACGAGUGAAACCAAACCUCUGAAUGAUCCGGUCACCAUAAUACUGGCACACAAACAGCGAAAUGCAACGAAUCCGCAGUGUGUGUAUUGGGAAUAUUCCACUAAUACUUGGUCAAGCCAUGGCUGUAAAAUGACAAUCACUUCCGAGACACAAACCGAAUGCCAGUGUAAUCAUCUAACCAGUUUUGCUGUCCUUAUGGACGUAAGUGGUAUCCCCAGAAGAUCCGAGAGAGUUGAACAAGUGUUUAGGAUUCUCAGCUACAUAGGAUGUUCUCUCUCUAUUGUAGGCCUCUUGGUGACCCUGUCUGUCUACGGCACAGAUAAGAAACUUCGUCACUUGCAGCACAUCCGGAUCUUAAUGUGCCUCUGCAUCACGCUCCUCUUCCUGUACGUCUUCUUCAUCAUCAUGACAGCACUCGACCGAUAUCCUGGAGAACCCGAGGUCGGUCCAGGUCUGUGUGGAGUCAUCGCCGCUGUCCUCCACUUCACCACGCUCUCAUCGAUGUCCUGGAUGGGCGUUGAAGGGAUAAACAUGUUCCUAAUGGUUGUCCGUGUCAUGGAUUCGUAUAUCCCACUCUUCAUGAUGAAAGCCUCCGUCAUUGCAUGGGGAUUACCUGCUGCGAUAGUGCUCCUUACUGGUGCUAUCUCGAGACAUAAUUAUUCAAACUCCGACUACUGUUUUCUUCAGAAAUGGCCACUCGUCGGCGGUUUGCUCAUCCCUAUGGCCUUCAUUCUCGCUCUUAACCUGAUCAUCUUCGCUCUUGUUAUGCGUCGUCUCAUGCGCAUCAAAUCAGGUGGCGGGAAAGCUAGCGAGUUAAAAUCAGAAGCCCGCCACGAGAUCAUGCGCCGUCUCACAAAUGGGAUAAGCGUCCUCCUCCUACUUGGUUUGACCUGGCUCGUUGGAUACUUCACCGUGAUCGAACAACUCAACCUCGCAGUCCACGUCAUCUUCAUCCUACUCAACUCUCUCCAAGGAUUCUUCAUCUUUGUUUUCUACGUUCUCCGACAACCGCAAAGCCGUGCGCGCUUGCUGGAACACCUGGGUUGUUGUUUCCACGAUUCAUAUUCGGUGGCAAAGUCAGGUCCUAUGAGUAUGAAACAGACGACGAUGACCGGAACAGAUAAUCCAAUGUCAGGUAAUGAGUCUGUGUUGAGCAAAUCUGAUAUCGACUAGCAUGUCUAUAAAGAAAAUUAAUGCAUUACCCUGAAUUACUCACAUUCACAUUUGUGUUGAUAUUGUCUAUUUUGUUAAACACUGACUCAACAAAACUUUUAAUAUUGAAAUUCCCUGAUAUUAUAUCCGAAGCUACAAAUGCAAAUUAUGGAAUACUAUAAUCAAUUAAACACUUCAAAUGGCGUUCAUAGAUAACAUUAAACACAAACACAAUUUAACGUGUAUUGCAAACAGGAGGGGCG